AUAUGGAAAUGCAAGUUACAACAUAGUCCUAAAUUACUUCACAUACAAUAAUGGCUCAACCUGGGUCUCUCUCCGCCGAAAUGGAGGCAAUGAGCCAUGUAAUGAGCCUGGUGGAGUCGUUCAGGGCGUUCGACUCAGACAACGAUGGCUCAAUCACGGCUGCAGAGCUCGGUGGGAUCAUGGGGUCACUCGGGUACAACCCGAGUGAACAAGAAGUGAGGGCAAUGAUGCAGAGAGGAGACACUAACCGGGACGGGCUGCUGAGCAUUGAGGAGUUCUUGGACAUGAACACUAACGAACUGGAAGUUGGCUCCAUCGCGACAUCUCUGAGACGUGUUUUUGAAGCUCUGGAUUUCGAGGACGAUGAUGUUGUGACAGGGGAGGAGUUACAUGAAGCCAUGAAUGAUAUUGGACUGCAAUUGUCUCUGGAUGAUUGCCAGGACAUUAUUGCUUCUGUGGAUGGAAAUGGGAAUGGAACCGUUAGUUUUGAGGACUUCAAACUUGUAGUUAAUGCCCUCCUCUAGAUAUAUUAUAUGUAAUACUUUACAAUAAACAAGAGUAACCAUAAUUUAGACCUUAUGGAGCUUUUGUCUAUCAGAAUAUAUGUGUUCGCUCUCAUCAACUCAAGAAUCACUACUUGUAAUGCAAGCUCCUUGUAGAAAUAAAUAUGCAAAUUUCAAGGAUUCUUGUUUGUCUUAAAA